AUGCAGGUGAAAACAGAAGGUUCAGGAUGGUUCGUCUUGGCAUUUCUGCUGUUCAACGGUACAGUAGGAGGUGCACUUUUAAACCUCCCCAUCUCCUACCAUCAUGCUGGCGGGGUGGUCAUUGGAAUAUUUUUACAACUCGUUAUCCUGCCCUCUGUGUACACCCUCAUCUACCUUUCUGAUAUAAAGGGAAGCAACACCUACCAAGACGUGGUCCUGGCUAUAUGUGGCCCUAAAGCCCAACUGGCUUGUGCCAUUUGUGUACUAAUGACAGUCUUUUGUACUUGUAUAUGGUUUCUGGUUAUAAUCGGUGACAUAUGGGAGCUUGGAAUUAGAUGUCAACCAACCUUUUUCUUCCAAUCUAGUAUCGUCGGUAUUGUUGGUGUAUUUUACAUUGUUGUACUUGUUGCUGUCAAAUAUGUCCAAGCUCACGAUAACCAAGGAAAGAUUGCUACCCGUCCACAUUCCUGGAUCGAUGUUAUACUUGUUGUCCCAGAUUUUUGCUUUGCAUAUCAGUUUGGUGAUAAUGUAACAAAUGACAUAUUGCUAUCAUUUAACCCAACGGCUGAUGUGAUGGUGGCUGUAGUUCUUUUUGCGGUCAAAACAUAUACCACCUACCCCAUACAUUGCUUCUGUGGAAAGGCCGCUAUUUACACAGUGUGGAGCAUGGUGUGGAAAAUGAGCCCAGAAGAAAUUUUGUAUAAAGAAAAGAUGAGACGCGUCAUAACGACAUUGGUGUGGUUCACCUUGACCUUGAUACUUUCAGUUUUUAUUCCGAAUAUAGGCGUGGUCAUAGAGAUCCUCGGAGCUUUUGCAGGAGCGUUUAUUUUUAUAUUUCCAGGUCUGUGUUUGUUAAAGACGGUGCAGGAGAGACUAGAAUCAGGCGAGAAACAGGCUAUACUAGUUCACGUUUUAAGAGGGGUCGCUAUAGUUUCUAUUGCUGUUGGUGUAUUUAUAUUUGGGCUUACCCGCUCCAAGACCAUUAUGAAGGACAUUAAGGGUGUCAAGCCAGAUUCGUCCAAGUUCACGUGCAGCUAA